AAUUGAGAUUCACCUAGCUUUAAACCUCGAUCAUAUGGAUUAUAUGUGUAAUGAGUUGGAAGAAAGCUUCCAGUGCCACAAACAUGUCGUCCGUAGAGCCACUUUUGAGGUUCGGAAUCCCGACGCAACCAACCGCCGUCCCUCCCGAGCCACCGUCACCACAAUCGAUUUCACGUGCCGCAGCAAUCAUCGUUUCACCGCCUAUGAAGACGGAGCCAAAGAUUCAGCCACCGACGUAGUUCCUCGAAAAUUUUUGGAAACAUCUUCCAGCAUUGAAUUCGCCGACAUCGCCAGCUGCAAACUGGGCGAAAUUCGGGCCGCCAUUCGCCGCAAACUGUUCAGCUUGGGUGGCGGCAUUUUUGAUAAGUGGAAUGAAUUUGAAGGCACCGUCUCCGGAAUAACGGCGGCAGUCCGCGACCUCGGCGCGUGCAAGGUGGCGCGCGUGUUCGUGGACGUGACGCUAUUCCACAUUCGGAGGGAGAGAGAGUUGCUCCCGGAUCUGAAGUCGUUGACCGGGGAUGCGGUCACGCUACCGGGCAGCCACGGCGGCGGAGAGAAGAGUUUUUGUGCGGUGUGUUUGGAAGGUCUGAAAUUAAAAGCACGGGAAGUUGUAAAGACGCCUAUCGCCGCGCGUAGGUUUCACGCCAAAAACAUCCGAAAGUGGCGGCGCAAAAUCCAUCAGUACCCACUUUGCCGCUCCGAGCCGACGUUGACUGAAACGGCGGUGAAAGAGAAUAAGGAACGCGAGUUUUAUGCGGGGUAUUCCGGCACGACUUCGCCGCCGCCGAGUUCUCUUCCUUUGCCAUCCUUCUUACGGGAAAAAAGUGAAAAAGAUCUUAGGAAGUUUAAUGCGGGGUUUUCCGUCAUGACUUCGCCGCCGCCGCCGAGUUCUCUUCCUUUGCCUUCCUUUUUACGGAAAAAAAGUAAAAA